AAACGACCGAAACACAUGAUAAUCGUUCCCAUCGUUCCGCUCGCCGUUCGACGCACAACGCAACGCCGUCAACAACACAAGCAACACAAGUGCGCAGAGCGCGAGUUCACAUCGAGAUCACCGUACGACGACGGUCGACUUCAGCCGACAUGGGUAACGAUUCGCUACGAAACGCUUGAUAACUGCGCGAAGUUGAACGAAGUCUGUGCGUCGAAGCGCCCCCAGCGGCGAUGAGCGGAAGCUGAAGCACUCACUGUGUGUACCUCUGUGUGUCAGACAGACGGUCGACGGUCAGAAUCCGGUCGGGAGCGUCGAGGCGCAAGUGAAAUUAGUGCGUGUGCGUGUGUGCGGCAGCACCAGGAGGUCACCCCCAGCCCCCAAAUAAGAUCGCCCAUCAUCUUCGUGCUUUGGUCAAUCGCAAGAGACGUGAUCUUCGAGUACCGUAACACACGCACACAUCCAAAACGCAUCGCCUGGUUGUGUGUGCGUGCGAAUGUAUUCGUGAGCCGAGUGUGUAGUUUUUUUUUUCGUGCACGCACUCGGGCGACGGCUCCUCGACGGGCCCGAAACAAUCGAGGAUCGCGUCGAAGUGCGCUAGCAACGCGCUUGUUCUUUGGAGCAUCACGGCAAUGAAUUGCCUACGAAGGGUGUGCAGAACAAAGGCGUUGGACGUGCCAGCGUCGAAAUCGAAGUGACCUUUGCGAUAACACCCAGAGAGCUGCAGCGUCGUCGUCCCCCUUGCUUCCUCCUCCUCCCACCGGCACGAAGAGCAUACAACUGCAUUCGUGUGUGGUGUGUGUGCGCGCGCGUGUGUGAGCGGGCAGUGUAUGCGUGUGCGUGCAGCCGCCUCCAAGAUGGAAGACACGCCGGCGGCGAGUCCGAGCCCCGCGCCGCAGGGGUGUGGCAUGCGUGCACCCAUCUCCAUCCACAUCAGCCCCACGACCGGCGGCGACUUUUAUCUGCAGGUGGAGCCCGACACCACCGUCGACAAUCUUAAGAAACUCGUCUCCAAACGGCUGAAGGUGCCGCGUGAUCGGUUAUGCCUCCUCUUUCGUGAUAAACAACUUCAGGAUGGAAAUCUUGUUCAACAUGGUGUCUCAGAUGGAUCAAAAGUCACAUUGCUGCCUAAUGUUGAGACUGGACUUGUUACGCAGCGUCCGGAGGUUGGUAUCAUGCAGGCGCUGGAGUCGCUCAACGACACGCAGGUGAAUGAGUUCCUCUGCGGCAAGGCGCCGCUCAACCUCUCGAUGCGACUGGGCGAUCACAUGAUGCUCAUUCAACUGCAGCUCAGUACCGUUUCGGGGGCGAAGCCGCCACCGGCAACCACAUCCACCUCCGCAUCGCCGCCAACAAAACCGCCCAAUCUGUACCAGGCGUCGCGCAAUCUUCAGCACACGCUGCGCAAGCUCUCCGCAGACGUCUUCUCCGGCCGUGACGAAGGUAGGAGGCGGAAGUUUGGUGGUUUGUUUAAAGGACGCCGUGGCAGCGUCUACUCUGGAACAUUCUCAGGAGCACUAAACCCCGCCCUGCAGGAUCCCAAGGGACGGCCGCGACGUGACGUCGCCACCAUCGUGCAUAUUCUAAAUGAUCUCCUGUGUUCAGCGCCGGACCUGAGGCGUGUGAGCCGACGCGCCAAUGAUGACGCCAGCGGCGGCGGCGUUUGUCCCGGCGGAUCGACUGGAGUCUGCAGUGGCGCCUCCACCAGCUCGUGUGGCUCCGCACAAGAAGAUGAGCCCACCGCAGCGUCGGCUUCAUGCAGCGAGGAUCAGAAUCUACGCACGCGAGGCAAACUCGAGCAGCUGCGGCUGGUGAUGGGCGAGAGGCGUGAACGGCGGCGGCAACGGCGACAGAAGCCGUACGCGUUGCCGGCCGGUGAAAACACUGACACUGUUACCGCAUAAGUGCGUGCGUGAUCAUUCGACGAAAAAUUCGACGGUAUAUUUUUCUCUGUUCUUUUUCUUUUGAAAACAUUCAUUUAUGUUCGUUGCGUAAAGUAAAUUUAGCCGUAGACCUCGACUGCGACGAGGGGCGAACACACAAAUUUGGCGGCGCGCGAACUGUUAAACGAACUACAACCACGAAAGACACUUGUACAUACAGUUAGGUUAUAGAGAGACUCUUGAAGCUGCUGGAGCUGGUUCGACGUCGUCGCCUUCGUGAAGUUUCGUCGACGUUUGUUUCAACCAUGUUUGUUGUUGCGUGCGCGAACUGCUAAGCGUUUUUAAUUAAUUAACCUUAACUUAGUUUCAUCUGGCAUUUUCAUCGUUGACGUUUCUGUUGCUGCUUUGGCCCACUACUUUGGCGCCGCCCGAUUCUCAAUUGUAUCAUUUUCAUUUUAAUAAGCAAUUCCCUGUUUGUUUAGGAACUCAUCUCGGCACGAGACGGGCGAGAACUACCCUCCCAGACCUCCCUGUCUGCAUAUACCUAGUACUAUUAUUAUUAAUUAUAAUUAUUUUCUUGUUUUGCAUAUAAAUAUAAAAAGAUAUAUGAA